ACCAGGUCUAAUGGAAGACUCUACUAAUUGCAUAAAAAUCUUUUUCUUCUAAAGGACAAAGUACAGAAAACUGCGCAAGAAAAGACAAGUCUCACCCUUUGACAAAGGUGUAAGUACAGCGAGAAUUCAGAGUUUCCUUGACUCUGGGGCAGUGAGAGCAGAAACAUACCAGGAAGGCUAAAGCCUCCCAGGAAGUUUGCCUACCGUCCACCUCUAUCUAUGAUGAUCGCCGAUGCUUGCCUUCUCGAACUUUAACAUCGAUCCCCUGUAACUCUGUGAGCUCUCAGUAUUGUCUCCAAAGACUUCCAACUCUUAGAGAAAUAAGCAUGCCUGUAAAGAUUUUCCUAAAGUUGGUAAUCAUAAAGGAAAAACACUUGAGCACUGCAAAGGGAGGAAAAGACAGGCAUGGAAGAGCCAGACCUCUGCAGUUGCACGUCCUCGGAAACGACUACGUCUAAAUCUGCAGCCCCAGUUUUCUCCAGGCCCCAAGCUCCAGCAGAGGAUGUUCACAAAACAUUCCUAACCGAAAAGAAAUGAAGCCCCCUCUCCCUCAAAUGAUGCCCAAACGGACCCGAAAGUCUCAGCUCCCUCGGAUAAUCAUAGCAGAAAACACGUCCCGGUGUCUCUCGCCCGCAUUUCAAGGUAGCGGAAGCCAAAAUGUCAAAUGAAUGACCGCGCCGGAGCGCGAGGGAGGAAAACAAAGGCACCUCCCGCUAGCCGGUACCUGCGGCGCCAGGGCCCGGCGCCGGCCGCACACUCACCUGGGGCUCGGCGCCGCCGAGGGCUGCGGGUGGGAACGGGGCCGCGGGGCGGGAGGGCGCCCCCGCAGUCGACCAGACCGGCGGCCCCGGCGCCCUCCGGCCGGUCCGUGCGCGCCGCGGGGAAAGCAGGCGGCCGGGGGCGCCGCCGCGCGUCGCAUGCAGCUCCCCACUGCGGCGGCCGCUGCCAAGGGGCCCAGGGACCCUGCGCUGCCGUCCCCGACCCCGCGACCCGAGGCGGCGACGGGAGAGACGCGGCGCAAGAGCAGAGCGCGUCCGGUGCGCCCCUCAGCGACUCUUCCCGCCGCCCUCCGCAGCGGGCUGGGUCUCCGCUCGCCUUUGUGCUGGCAUCUUCCUUCGCUCCUAGCGACACUCGGAGCUCCUCUGGCGGCUCCGCGCCGCCGCCCACCCCCGGGUUACGCCGCGCCCCCCGCGCGACCCGCCGAUUGUGUCGAGUCAGCACCCGCGGCCGCGGGGACGCGCGAAGCCAUGUCUCCCGCCCGCGCUCGAGAGGGCGCCGGGGGUCCGGGCGCCGCGAGGAGGUUUCCGGCCGAGUUCGGCGACCCCGGCGGGGCGCGGCGCGUGCCCGAGCCGCUCCGCAGCGUCCGGCUCCCCGGCGCUCGCUCUCCUGGCGUCGCCCGCGAGCAGUGCGCCGGCCCGCCUGGAUCUCCCCUCUCGCCGCUACCCGCCGCCUGGCCCGGCCUCCCUCCCGCCGCCACCUUCCUCCUGCCGGGCUAGCCCGGGCGCCCGCCCCAACCAACCCCUGCGCCCCGGCCCUCGGAGAGCGCAGGGCCGGCCCGCUCACCUCCGGCGGCGCCGGCGCCCCUCCCGUUAGACGCCUGGGCAGCAUCUGCCCGCACCUUCCUGCGGGGCGCUUGGCUGGGGGCUUCCUGCACGUCGGGGACCGGGGAAAGGGAGUCGGGGGGCAGGGGGAAGGACGGGAGGGACAGCCAGACCUUGGCCAGCUGGACCUCCUGAGGAAGGUGCGGGAGAGUGGGGCGGGUACAGCCGGGCGGAAGACGAAUCCCGAGGCUGCGGAGGAUCCGGAGCUUCUCUCCUGCGACGCCGAAGGACACGAGAGUUCUGAGAGGCGCCGUGGAGGAAGGAGACCCUCUGAGGUCAUGCAAGCAGGUCUCUGCCCAAAUCCCACCGAAAAGCUGAAUGGAGGAGUGUCAUGCCUCGGUUUCCCCAACUGCAAGGGCAAGACGCAUCUUCAUUGACUCUCAGUCCCACUUGGAGGAAAGAGUAAAAACGCCAAAAUAACUGCCAGUCAUCAUAGUCCAGACCACAGAGAUUGGUUCUGAGAUGGAUAUCUUGGUCGGAGAACUCCAUCUGGGGCUUUCGCUGAAUCAGUUCAGAACAAGAAGCCUUUUAAACAAGGAUAACUAAUAAGGCAGUGAUAACAGGUACCACUAAUGCAGGUGAAGGAAGCCAACUUCAAGGGAAGGAAUGCUGAGAGAGGAUAAUGCCUUUUGAGCCUUAGGAGGCAAAUAUGUCUGAAUGAAUGCUACCUCUGAAGCCAAUAAAUCCCCUUCCUCUUUAUUUGCUUAGACCAGUUUCAAUUGUGUUCUGUUACCUGUCAUAGAAAAGCCCUGACUCAUUAUUCCCAGACAUCUGUCCAUUGCUAGGCUAUUCCACAGAAUUGAGGAACCCCCCCCUCCCAGCACAUGGCAAGAAAAAAAAAAAAGCCUGUUUUUGUUCCUACUAGAAGAUCCAUAGAGAUCCCACAUGAUGUUCUGUUUCUACAACUUGCUUUAGUCCCAGCAACUCCAUACCUCCAACCUUUAACCUCCUGUAUUGAUUAACUAUGUUAGAAUCUUGCCUUAAAUAAAAAAAGCAUAAAAGUAAAUAACACUAAAAUGAAUCACUAUUGCUGCUCUUAGGUUUAAAGAAAAAUUUUUUUUCCUCUUACCUUAAAAGUAGCCCCAUCUAAUCUUUAAAAUUUUCCAUUUAUCAAGCAUUAAACCUGAGGCUAAGGUGUCAACUAAAAUUAAUAGCAAAGUCAUCCUAGAAUCUCAGACUUGUAAAAGUGUGUACGGGUUAGGUUAUUUCAUACUGACCCCCCCCCCCCAUCCCCUAUCACCGCCACUACCUAAUAUGAGUCUCCCCUUCACAGAAUCCGUGACAGGUUCUCACGUAGCCUCUCCUUAAACCCUCUCCUUAAACCAUUCUUAUAAAGAAAACUUGUAUUUCACAAGCUGAUCAAUUCUAUGUUGAAACUGGCCUAACCCUAGAAAGUGAUUCCUAAUAUUGAGUCAUAAUACUUCUUUUACC